AUGACAACAUUGGACAUGGAUCCGGGUUACAAACAAACGCAAUCUUCACAAUAUCUAUCUAUCUAUCUAUCUAUCUAUCUAUCUAUCUAUCUAUCUAAUCUGAAUCUAUCUAUCUAUCUAUCUAUCGAUCGAUCGAUCUCAAUCUGUUCAUUAUCUAGCUAUAUUUCCACUUUCUUUUUCUAUCUAUCUAUCUAUCUAUCUAUCUAUCUAUCUAUCUAUCUAUCUAUCUAUCAGGUUCCUCCUGCCGUUUGCGGUUCACCCCAGGAUCGCCAGCUGAUUGCAUCCAUUUAUUUAUCCAUGGUCCUUCAUCAUGUUGUACAUGGUCUUUUUCCAUCGAUUUCCAGUCUGUUCCUAUCUAUCUAUUUAUCUCCUUUUGUUCAUAGCUAUCUAUUUAUCUCUCUCAUUCUGUUCAUAUCUAUCUACCUAUCUUUCUGUCUCUGGCUGUCUUCUCUCUUUCUCUGUCUCUGUCUCUGUCUCUCUCUCUCUCUCUCUCUCUCAAAUUCCAUCUUACAUACGAGGGUUUUUCAUAUCAACUCAUAUUUACGUACGUCUGUCCAGACACACAAUAAUUUGUAUGUGAAUAAAAAAUUGGAAACACUAUCUAUCUAUCUAUCUAUCUAUCUAUCUAUCUAUCUAUCCUAG